AUUGGACCUCCUCGUCCCAGAAGGCGGCCAAUUGACUUGAGUCUCCCAUAUUUACUGAUAGCACGCACCUCCAUUGCCAUCAAGUGAAAAUGAUAGACGUACAAGGAGACAAAAUUUUGCGUGUUCAUGAACUUCCCGAGGACCCCACAUCGACGGGGAAGAGGGCCAAUUCCAAUGUAGAGGCCGGGGUCGAAGAAGUCGACAUUGCAAGAACUGAAAAAAUCUACAAGAAAAUCGACCGUCGAGUCAUCCCACCACUUUGGAUACUGUACUUCUUGUGCUCUGCUAUCCGCUCUAAUGUUGGUCUCGCACAGACUAUGAAUGCGUCGGCGGGUCACGACCUUGCUCAAGUUUUGCAUCUGACGGCCAAAGAGACAUCUACCGCCUUGGCUCUCUUCUACGUUGCUUAUGUCGUCUUCGAUUUUCCUUCAAACAUGAUCAUGACUAGGCUCAGCCCAAGGGUGUGGUUGUCCAGGAUUGUCCUUGCUGUUGGGAUCAUUGGUGCUUGUUUUGCGGCCGUCAAAGCUGCUUGGAGCCUCCUUCUUCUACGCUUCCUUCUUGGUCUGGUUAUUGCAGGCAUGUGGCCCGGUAUGGCAUACUUCAUAUCCAUUCUCUACCCGACGAAUCGCGCUGGGAAGCGAAUCGGGCAGUAUUUCACAGCAGCUCAGGUAUCUGCUGCGGUCGUGGGACUCGUGUCAGCUGGGUUUGAGCAGAUGGAUGGGAUGAGGGGCCUAGCAGGCUUCCAGUGGAUGUUCCUGAUCUACGGUCUAUGCGCAAUUGUUCUUGGAUUCGCUCUGCUCUGGUGGCUACCAGAUCGUCCUUUGCCUCCCGGCGAGAAAAGAGUUCGGACUGGACUGAUGAAAUGGCUCCCUACGAGCCCGCCGCUUCUCAAAGGAGAAGAUGCCGAAAUUCACUAUCAAGACUUGACAAGGGUCUACCAUUCCCGUCCAUGGGGUCUGAAUGAUUUGGCGCUGGUUCUAAUUGACUGGCGCCUUUGGCCCUUGACACUCAUGUACUUUGGGGUUGUCGGAGUCGGCAUAGGAACGCAACUAUAUGGAACCGUCAUCAUCUCAGGGAUCAAUCCUAAUUUCUCGGGGACUAUCCUCAGCUUGCUCUUUGCGCCAAUUUGGAUAAUGGAUCUCAUUGCAAUCCUUCUAGUGACCCCUAUUUCGGACCGUUUCCCUUACUAUCGACCGCUGUUCUUCUCUGGUGCCGCUUGCAUUCAAAUUGCAGGACUCCUUACCACCACAUUUGCGCCUUAUUCGCAACCAUGGAGCCGGUAUGGUGGCCUUCUCAUGGUCGGUUUUGGGCUUGGUCCAACGGUUCCCAUCUGCAUGGCCUGGACGAACGAAAUCUUCCAGCGCCGGCACGGGGAGGUUGGCGUAGCAGCAGCAUCAGCUCUCGUUUCCGGACUCGGCAAUCUAGGCAGCAUCACGACUACGUACGCACUGUAUACUGGUUGGCCAGAGGAUGCCAAGCCGGGUCCACACCAGUAUCGAAAGAGCAACCUGACCAUGAUAGGCAUUCUCUGCCUCAGCAUCCUGAGUAGUGUGGUGAUGGUCCUCCUCCUCAGGAUUUUUGGAAACAAGCCGAGCAGCAAGAUCAGCUCUUCGAUUGAAGGAUUCCAGGACGACGACGCUGCCAGACGAGAGUUCCAGCAGAGGGGCUUCAAACGGAUGUGGUGGAGCAAGUAAUAAUCUACUUGCCAUGAUCUGAGAGGGUAUCUUUGGAGGAUCUUCAACAGGUGGUCUAAAGAGGUGUGAUGGUGGAGGAGGAUAAUUUCAUUUCUAUCUAUGCGGGAAGCUCAAC